AUGAAGUUUUUUGUUAUUAUUUUGUUUCAAUUGUCAAUUAAUGCAAAUCCUGUAGUUGUUCAUGAUCCGUUGAGGUUCAAUCAAGGUGGUCAUGCUGAUUCCUUUUCUUUUACAAGGGACACAAUGCAAAAUGGAACUGCUGAGGUAGCUGUCUACAAUUCCAAGGUUGUUAACAUUAUGCAAGAAGACAAUGAAGACGUCGGUUGGGUUGAAAAUAGAUCGAAAAAAUUGUCUGAUCCUCUAGUAAUGGCCAAUGUGAGUAUUGAGAAUGUGAAGAAGGACAUGCCUUCUUCUUCAAAAGCGAAGGUUGAAAAAACCCCUAAAAAAAGGGGUAGAAAAGUAUCAUCUCCAAUUUCUCGGCCUAGUCUACCCAAGUCUGUGAAAUACAAGAUAAAACAAAUUCCUAUCCACUCUUUGAGGUUUGGUUCGACCUACAACAUGAAUUUUGUAGAAGAUUUGAAUUUGUCCAUAGGGGUUAAGGGUGUUGAAUUAUUUAAGAAUACAAUUUUUGGUCCAUAUCUCAACAUCCCUAACUGCAAUUACCAAGGGCAAAUAGCAAAGUGUCUGCUACUACUUGAGCUGGAGCAGGAUGACAUAGAUGAGCUUCAUAUUCGUCAUGCAAGCGGGAAUAUUUUGCAUUUCACUAUCAAAGAAUUUGCAAUUAUUACUGGCCUGAAAUGCACAGGGAAUGUUGAUGAAUUUAGAUAUCCUAAUUCCACUCAUAGCAGGUUGAUUCAAAGAUACUUCCCUGAGUCAAAAGAUAGUGUAAACAAGGGUCGUUUAGUUCAAAGAUUUUUGAUGGGUGAAUGGGAGAACAAUCAGGAUGCCGUUGAAAUGGCAAUCCUAUAUUUCAUUCACACGUUUGUUUUUUCCCAACUCGGUGAUACAAAUAUACCUAUCCACCAUUUCUUUAUGGUUGAAGACGGAAGGUAUCAAAAAUAUCCAUGGGGACAAAUUGCAUUCUCAAAAUUGAUGAAAACAUUGAGACAAAAGUUCACCAAAGAAAAGAAGUUGUAUCGAUUAGCCGGGAUGCCAUAUUCUCUUAAUGUUUGGAUAUAUGAAUGUGCCUCUAUAAUCAGUGAUGAAAUUGCUGUCAAAGAGGGAAGUUAUAUACCGAGGAUAUGCAACUGGCGAGUUGUGGGGGUCAAGCCAAAAUUUGACAUGUUUAUGUCUAGCAUUUUCACUCAGAAUGCUUGCAAUGAUAUACAUCCAACAACGGAGGAAAUGUCAACACUUGAUUUGCCUGCUAAUGUUAAUACUUCUCCUUCUGAACCUCAUACUUCAGCUGCCAAGUCCAAGCAGGUUCAACCACAAGACCUUCUCGAAUUUGAGAACUUUUCUACUAAUCAUACGGAUCAAUUUUUAAGGAGAUCAAGACGCAUGUCUACUACAUCAUCUACACCCCCUCCAAAGAGGAGAAGGAAUGCUCAUCCAGCCAAACCAAAGGUUACUCAAGUUAACCAACCAGAACAAUUAGUUGUGCAAACAAAACAAAAAAUUCCAAUUCCAGAUUCAGGUGGUAAUUUAUUUGAUAUUCAUGGUCCUUCAUUUGAUCGUAAAGAAUCUUCUGAUAAAUCAGGUAUUAAACAAGUUAAGAAAUACCUGAAGAAAUACGUUGACAAAAAAUUUCAGCAUUUAAAGGAUUUAAUCAAAUUAAACCACAUCGAGUUGCUGAAUGUUGUUCGGAAUCCAGAUAAGCAAGAAGAAGAGAAUAUUGCUGGCACAUCUAUUCCAACUACCGUGUCAGGUUUUCAAGAAGACCAUCUUUCCCACCCACCUAGCACUGACCAGAUGUUUGAACAACGAAGUUCAUCGAUUGCGAUGGACUUUCCCAACAAUGAUCCAAUUGAGGUAGAUGUUGUGGAGGCUCAAGAACAAAAUCAUAUUCCCGAACAGAAUCAUGUAGAAGAUGUUGAUACAUGCAAGGAUAAAGAAGGCAUGAAUGAUGUAUCAGAUCUUCCACACACGACAAAUGUUCAUGAUAAAGCAAGUGUAUCUAAGAAUGAUAAUGAAUAUGAAGCAAUUGGAGGCUCCAAAAUAUCUCAACAAGAAAAUUUGGAUGAAGUACAACAUAAUGUCAUUAAAUCAGAUGCAGUUGUAGGAUCGAAUGAUAAAUCGGAUUCUACAACUUCGAAUUCAAUAUCAUCUGAUACUCAAGAAGCAGUAAAUGCACUCCUUUAUGGCCUUCGCGCUCCUAUGAAUGCUCAACCUCUGCAAACUGUCACUCCCCAACAGGUAACCGGUACCCAUGAUCUGAUAUCGGACAUCAUGUUACCCAUGUAUAUAAACAGGAAAUGA